GGUAUUAGCGAAUAAUAGUUGCUGCAGCGGCGGCCACCCAGCCAGCCAGCCUCAACCCCAAGCCCUCCAACCCCAAGAGAGGCCGCGCCGCGAGAGAGAGAGAGAGAUCCAAUCCAAUCCGGCCCCCGUCUCCCCCCCUCCUCCACGCCGCGGCGCCGCUCCGGUUGCUUGCUCAGGGGGGCGGGCUGCUGAUCGAAAUGGGCGGGCGCGUGUCCAAGGCGGUGGCCUGCUGCUGCUGCCGCUCGCAGCACCAUGGAGUCGUCGUCGAGAGCUCGGAGAAGACGGCGGAGGAGGACCAUGGGGAGUCGUAUGAGCUGCCGGCCUUUCAGGAAUUCUCCUUCGAGCAGCUGAGGCUGGCCACCUCAGGCUUUGCGGUGGAGAACAUCGUGUCUGAGCAUGGUGAGAAGGCGCCCAAUGUGGUGUACAAGGGGAAGCUCGACGCGCAGCGUCGCAUCGCUGUGAAGAGGUUCAACCGUUCUGCAUGGCCUGACCCGCGGCAGUUCUUGGAAGAAGCUAAAUCAGUUGGACAACUUCGGAGAAAGGUUAGCAAUUUGCUUGGCUGUUGCUGCGAAGGUGACGAGAGAUUGCUUGUUGCAGAAUACAUGCCCAAUGACACACUAGCGAAGCAUCUUUUCCAUUGGGAGGCGCAAGCAAUGAAAUGGCCCAUGAGAUUAAGAGUUGUUCUCUAUCUGGCUGAGGCUUUAGAAUAUUGCACCAGCAAGGGGCGUGCUCUGUACCAUGAUCUUAAUGCCUACAGAGUUCUCUUUGAUGAUGACUGUAACCCUAGGCUUUCAUGUUUUGGCCUCAUGAAGAACAGUCGAGAUGGUAAAAGCUACAGUACCAAUCUGGCGUUUACUCCUCCAGAGUACAUGAGAACUGGACGUAUCACACCUGAGAGUGUCAUUUACAGCUUUGGUACCUUGCUUUUGGAUGUUCUUAGUGGGAAGCAUAUUCCUCCUAGCCAUGCCCUUGACCUGAUUCGAGAUCGGAAUUUUAACAUGCUGACAGACUCCUGUUUAGAGGGUCAAUUUUCAAAUGAGGAAGGGACAGAACUAGUGCGAUUAGCUUCAAGAUGCCUGCACUAUGAACCUCGUGAACGACCUAAUGUAAGAUCUCUGGUGCAAGCAUUGGCUCCUCUUCAGAAGGAUCUUGAGACUCCAUCUUAUGAACUGAUGGAUAUACCCCGUGGUGGUGCAACAUCUGUUCAGUCAUUGCUUCUUUCUCCUCUUGCUGAAGCUUGUUCCAGAAAGGAUCUGACAGCAAUACAUGAAAUCCUAGAAAAGACGGGCUACAAGGAUGAUGAGGGAACAGCAAAUGAGCUCUCAUUUCAGAUGUGGACCAAUCAAAUGCAAGAUACAUUGAACUCAAAGAAGAAGGGUGACAAUGCUUUUCGACAAAAGGACUUCUCUUCUGCAAUUGACUGUUAUUCUCAGUUCAUUGAAGUUGGUACGAUGGUUUCUCCGACCAUUUAUGCGCGGCGUUGCCUGUCAUAUCUGAUGAAUGACAAGGCAGAACAAGCUCUCAGUGAUGCGAUGCAAGCGCUAGUAAUAUCUCCAACAUGGCCAACUGCAUUUUAUCUUCAGGCUGCUGCUCUGCUUUCUUUAGGCAUGGAGAAUGAAGCUCAAGAAGCAAUCAAGGAUGGUUGUGCCCAUGAGACAAGUAGCAGCAGUGGACAUUGAAUAUGACUGAACAAAUUUGUAGUUCAGAAAAUGCACAUAACUUCAGGUGUUUUGGUGUGAACAAUCAUUGGACAUGGAAGCAGCUGUUGUUCAUUUGUCAAUUUGGCUAGGGGUUUCUUUAACCUUGUUCUGAUUUGCACGUGCGGAAGGUCGUCCCUCGUCCAUAUGUUCAUGUAGGAUGUAUAUAUGGAAGAAAGCGACAGCAGAGGCCCUGAAAGAGAUUGCAAAGACAUUGAAGGUGAAUAAGUCCUGCAGACACGACAUUGAUGGGGGAAGGGCAAAACUUGGUCUUGGUUCCUCCUACCCAAGAAAAUGGGAAAACGAAAAAAAAAAAGGGAUUGUUAUCAAAAGGCGUUGUUGAUGUACAUGUCAAUCUUGCUGGUAGGCGUGUAAACUUGUACAGCAAGCGUUGUGUUUUCUCCAGGUCAUUUUUCUUUUCUUUUUGGUUUUGUUUCAUAUGUGUUAGCCCCCAUUGGUAUAUUCUAGAGAAAAUCGUGGAAUUCUUGUCAGGCGGAAAUUGGCAGUGUUGAAGGGCUUGGUUCAUUUGCAAAUCUUGGACGGGCUCAUCACCCCCGGUCCAGUUUAA